UUCUUUCGUGGGCAACACUCUCUUACAGCUGUUUCAUCCUUCUGCCAACUCCGGAUCCCUCUCUUCCCCCCCCCUCCCCCCUUUCUCUUCUUCUCCCCAAGCUUGCUCCCGCGUCUCCCACCAUGCGCUUGCCGUCGAGCUACGCCGUGCUCGCGGCUGGCCUAGCCCAGGUGCAAGCCCAGUACCUGAUUAGCGAGCUUAGCUUUGGCACCAACAAGAGGAUAAGCGCCGAGGGUUCGCGAUCGAUACCGAACUUCUCCCUCCAGGGCCGACCCAACGUCCCCGAACUGCUCUCGGACAGAGUAAUCCUCACUCCCGUGGCGCCGGGAAACCAGCGCGGCGCCGUCUGGGCCGACCGGCCGCUACCCGAGCAGAGCUGGAUCGCAGACGUCGAGUUCCGCGCCAAUGGCCCCGAACGUGCCGGGGGCAACCUGAACAUCUGGCUGGUGAAGGAUGGCGCACACACGGUCGGGUCCGACAGCGUCUACUCUGCGGGGCGCUUCGAAGGGCUCGGGUUGUUGGUGGACCAACACAGCGGAUCCGGGGGGAUGCUGCGCGGCUUCCUCAACGACGGCACGACCGACUACGCCCACCAUCCCAACGUGGACGGCCUGGCCUUUGGUCAGUGCAAGUUCACGUACCGCAACCUGGGCCGUCCGACCCAGAUCAAGCUGCGCCACACCGAGGAAAAGUUUGUCGUCGAGGUGGCCGGCCGGACGUGCUUCCAGAGCGACAAGAUCCGCAUCCCGAGCGGCUACCACUUUGGCAUCACCGCCGCCUCGGCCGACAACCCGGACUCGUUCGAGGUCUUUAAGCUCGCGGUGCUCACAGAGCAGGCCCCCGGAAGCAGUAGAAGCAGCAGCAGCAGCAACAACAACAACAACAACAACAACAACAACAACAACAAUGUAAAGAGACCGCGCAUGAACUUUGGCCGGAGCGGGCAGGUCUCGGUCGAGGACCCGUACGACAACGCGAUCCCGGACCAGGACGCCGACACGAUCACGUCGUCCAGGGCGCAAUUCGCCGACCUGCACAACCGGCUGCAGUCGGUCAACCACCACCUGUCGACCAUCUUCCGGUCGGUCGCGCAGAACGCGGGCGUCGACGAGCAGCGGCACGCCGAGCUGUCGGCCAUGCUGGGCGAGCUCAAGGGCCAGCUGGCGCGGCUCGACAAGGUCGACGCGCUCGAGCAGUGGCUGCGCGACAUCCAGACCGAGAUGCGCGGCAUGCGCCAGGAGAUGGCCGGCCGCCUGCGCGACUCGGAGCGGGCCAUCAAGUACCACGUCGACGACAAGCACCAGACCCUCGCCGAGGACGUCAAGGGCCACGCCAAGAGCGGCCACACCCGCCUCAUCCUGGUCGUCGUCGGCAGCCAGUUGCUGCUAGCGGGCGCCUACGCCUACUUCAAGAGGAAGCAGACGUCGCCCAAGAAAUAUCUGUAGACGGGUCGGUCAGUUCAUCUCACCGAGUGUUGCCAUCUUUGUUUUUCUCAUCAUGCAUGACGGGAUGCUCUGUAUGUACCGAUUGGAGGAGAGAGGGGUUUUGGCGUUAU